AUGAGUGAUAGAACGUUUAGUCUUGAAGAAGUGAUACCAGUCAGUUCAACAAUAGUCGAUCGUACGGUAUCAAUACUUGACCGAACAAGCAAUUCAGAAGAUCAAUCAUUUGAAUGUUCUAUUGAACAUUUACCAUUUUAUCGCUCAGUUGAAAGUGAUUUAUUACUAAUGAAACAAUAUUUAUUUAAAAGAGGUUUAAAUGAACAUGAAAUUGUUUCACAAGAAGAAAUUGUUAUUAACGCUUUAAAGGAAUCAUUAAAUCAAUUUAUUCAAAUUGAAAAAGAUAAAAAUGAUAAUCUAAUAAUAACUAUUGAUAAUAUUAUGAAUGAAUGUGAUCAUUUAAAUCAUUUACUUGAAUUAGAAUGGACUAUUGAAAAACCACAUGAUGGUUUAACAAUAUUUGAACAAAUGAAACGGGCAAAUAAUCUACUUGAAUCAUCAAAACAUGUGUUAAAAACAAAAACAACAGAAAUAAAUGAAUUACGUAUCCAAGAAGAAAAAUUAUGUCAAAAAUUAAAUGAAGCAAUAGUUGAAUUUGAUAAUGAAGAUGAAACACCAUUUGCAAGACGAAAAACAGUAUUAGAAAAUCGCAUUCAUGAUUUAACAAAUUUUCAGGUUGAAAGAUCCUCUCAUGUCAAACAAUAUCGUGAACAACUACAUCAAAUGAAAAUUGAACUAGAACUUGAUAAUAAUUAUAAUUUAACAGCAGAUAACAGUAAUGAUAACAAUAAUAUUGCGUUACUAAGAUUGAUUGAUGAACCAUUUGAAACAAUUGAAUUAUCAAAAGCAAAUGUAUCCAAUUUACAAACAUUGGCAAAUGAGCUUGAUGCACGAUAUCAAAAGAAUAAAACAAAAGGUGAUCAACUCGUUGAACAAUUAACAGCAUUAUAUGACCGAUUGAACAUGAACGAAAUAGAUCAAGAAAUUAAAUUACCAAUUGAUAACCCUCAUCGACCAUCGAAUUUGAUAAAACUUGAAAACGAAAUUGAACGUUGUAAAGAUAUUCGUCGACAAAAUAUGAAAACAUACAUAUUGAAUAUACGAGAAGAAAUAUUUGUACAAUAUGAAAAAUGUUUUUAUAGUAGAGAGCAGAUGGAACUAUUCCAGGGAUUAUACUCAAACGUUUUUAAUGAAGAAACACUUGAACAACAUGAAAAGGAACUUGAAGAAAUGAAAACAUAUUAUAAUCGAAAUGAACAAAUUUUUAUUGAACUACAUCGAUGGUUAGACGCAUGGGAAGAAUAUAAAAAUGCAAUUAUUGAAGAAAAAGAACGUCGUCAUAUUGAAACAACAUUGAAAAAGGCACAAGAAAAUGUUUUAACGUUAGCUGAUGAAUAUGAACAAACACAUGGUCAUUCAUUCCAUGUCGAUGGUAUUUCUAUUAUCGAUUUUUUUACACAUGAGAAAGAAAAUUAUUCACAAGAAAAAGAAUUAGAAAAGGCACGAAAGCAAUUGGCACGUGGACAAACACCAGUUUUGACGAACACCCAACAAAGUGUUAAACGACAACUAGCACAUACAGAAGUGAUGAAGACACCUAGUAAACAACAACAACCUGAAGUGAAGCCGGCAACGCCCUUUCGUCCGUCUAGUGCAAUGAGCAAUAAACGUUUUCCACCAUUGCAACCACAACAGAACAAAGUUCGUUUAAUGGAAAAGAAUAAGAAAUUGUACUAUCAUGAAAAACAAUCACAAGUAAAUUGUCCCUAUGAAAAACAUGAUUCUAUCUUGAAUCAACAAGAUAAAGAAGUGUAG